CCCAGCGCAGACAGCUAACAGCAAACACCACUUCCAGAUUCACCUGUGCACAGGUGGAGCAGACCUCAGAACCAAUGAGCAGAGAUGAGUGCAGUGAUUCAGAGAUGACCAAGAGACAAGUGAGGUCGCACAGAAACUUAUUGAUUGUGUCGAUGAUCGUCUUACUGGCAGCAUCAGCUUCUACGGCUCCUGUGGAGGAGAAGGAGCAGGAGGAGGUGGAGGUGGAGGCCACAGAGGAGGUGGAGGGGGAGCUGUCGGAGGAGGAGGAGGAUGAUGAUGACUCCAAGAGUCAGGAUAAGAUUGAGGGUGUUCUCGGCAGCCAGCAGACCACCACGGCAGCCGGAGGUUCAGCUUCUGGUGGUCAGUCAGCAGCAGGAGGAGGAACCCACGAUGGAACAGCUGGAGGUCCAGCAGGUGAUUCUUCCUCUGUGGACCCAGCAGCUGCUGGAGAUCCGAGCAGCUCAGCAGAUAAACUCCAGCCCAUCAGUUCUGUAGGUUCUGCAGCUUCUGCAGCAGCUGAUGUCUCAGCAGAUCAGACUCAGCCUGCAGCAGCUGAACUUCCUGCAGCUUCUCCUCACACAGACACAAACGGUGCGGAUGGAGCUGACUCAGAGUCCAACGGUAACGGACAGAAGCUCCUGAAUGGAGGAGGAGGAGGAGGAGGGGGCGGAGCCGAUAGUCACACAGGUGUUUUGGGUUCAUUUGUGGGCGGAGUUUCUCACCUGGAUUAUACAGGAAUCAUCGACCCAUCCAGCCAUGACUUUUUGCUUGGCCUUAUGGGUGGUGGAGAUCCGUUCGGUUCAGACGCUCACAUCAACAUUCCAGGUCACAUGACUCAGCCCACUCACCUGGACUCCACAGUGACUGCAGCUCCGUCUACAGAUCAGGACAGUCUGGUUUCACCUGCAGCUUCAGCUCAUCAUGCUGACGUCAGCAUCGACCAAUCAGGAUCCGUCGGCUCCUCUGUGAGCUCAGGACCAGACCAAUCAGUGCUCGGCUCUGUCUUAGGCUCCUCCCACUCUGCAGUUGCUUCAUCCUCAUCGUCUUCAUCAUCAUCAUCAUCACACAGCGGCGCUCACAGAGAACAGACAGAUGGAGUAGACUCACCUGAUUCUCACGGAAACGGCCGACAGACGCUGCUGACGGACACAAAUGGAGCCGUGACGGAUAGACUGGUGUCCUUCAGUGAUCUUCAGAACCUCCACACUGAUCUCACAGGUGGGGCGGAGUCAGUGACCAGUCUUCACAUUGACCUCACAGCGUCAGGUCUCGGACUCGGCCAUGAUGUCACAGAGUCAUCGCCAGUCAUCCUUCACACAGAGUCUGCGGGCGGAGUCACACUGGACCCAGUUUCAGGUGUUUACUCCCACACAGACCUUGUUACCAUGGCGACAGACUCCAUAGGUACAGACACAGUUGCAGCAGAUUCAACAGGAACACCAUUCGACUCCAGUCAUCCGGCUGUGACGGAUCACACACAGAUGGCUGGUCCAGUCACUGAACAGUACCACCCAUCUGGUCAGGGUCCUGAAGGUGCAGAAAAUGUGGAACUGGAGGAUACCUGCUGACUUCCACAUCAAGCCGCGAGUUCGAUUCCUGCGCUACAGAUUUCAGUGUACCGACCAAUCAGCAUGGCCCAGGAAACCUGACGCCUCCCACUAGCUGUAGGCCCCGCCCACUGAACGGCAGCGGCUCAUUGGUGUUUUUUAAAUAUUUAAAAAAUGUUGUUUAUAGACGUUUAUUGUGUUGUAGAGAACCAGUGACAUCAUACAGGUGCGACAUCAUCCUCACUGUAAAAUGUUUAACUUCAAUAAAAGUUUUUGUCGACUUUGAA